CGCUCGAUAAAUUUUGUAAUUUUGGCGUCUCCUUGUUGUGUGUGCCGCUCACACAUCUGCGUGUAGUCAGUUGAAAACUUUACGCCUCGUCCGGUUAAAAAACUUGCUUCAGCAUGUCGGAAACAGCAUUAAAAUUAGGCGAUUUAGUGUGGGCCAAGAUGAAAGGAUUCUCACCCUGGCCGGGAAAGAUUGCCAACCCUCCUAAGGACUUGAAACGUAUUUCCAAACCGUCAGGAAAAACUGCAUCUUGUGUAUUUUUUUUUGGAACAGACAACUUUGCCUGGAUUGAAGAUUUCAACAUAAAACCAUACCAUGAAUAUAAAGAACAGUUUACCAAAGCGUGCAAGAGCCGUGCCUUUUUAGAUGCCUGCCAAGCAAUUGAAAAACACAUUGUUAACCCACCUAAGGAAGAAGAACAGGUGCAAGCUGUUACCGAUGAUGGAAAGAGUGAUGAAGACUUUGACAAACUGAAAGAUGAAGUCAAAGAAAAAGACAGCCCCAAAAAAGUCAAAAGAGAAGUGAAGCGCACACCAAAGGAACGAAAACGGCGGACAUCAGACGAGUCGGGGAGUGAUUCCGGGCCCACCCCCAGCCGGAAAAAACCACGCAGCAACACAACCAUCGAUAACUCAAGUGACACUUCUGUUAUGACCAACCAUACCUCUCCUCGCAAAAGCGGAUUGGUUUCUAGAAUACUUGACCAACCUGCUACAAUUCAAAGACCGGACACUCCACCACUUGAUGUUGAAAGAGUGACUCAGACACUGAAAGAGAAAAACGUUCAACCGUCCACGCUCAAGUUUGGCUUCCUUGGCCUGGGCAUUAUGGGCUCGGGUAUGGUCAAGAACCUCCUCAACUCGGGUCAUAAAGUUAUCGUCUGGAACCGCACAACAGAAAAGUGUCAAGAUUUUGUCAAAGCUGGCGCGGAGGAGGCACUGACUCCAUCGGAUGUGAUAUCGGCGGCUGAUAUUACGUUUUCGUGCGUUUCGGACCCUCAAGUAGCCAAAGACAUGGUAUUUGGCAAUUGUGGCGUUCUCCAAGAAAUGUCAGCUGACAAGGGGUUUGUUGAGAUGACAGGCAUCGACGCCGAAACAUCGCAAGACAUUGCGGAGGCUAUUACCGGUAAAGGAGGUCGUUAUCUGGAGGCGCAAAUUCAAGGCAGUAAAGUUCAAGCUGAAGAAGGAAUGCUGGUCAUCCUAGCUGCUGGAGAUAGGAGCCUUUUCGAUGAUUGCCAAUCUUGCUUUCAGGCCAUGGGCAAAAAUUCCUUUUUCCUCGGCGAAGUAGGAAGCGCGUCAAAGAUGAACCUAGUCUUGCAAUUGAUGAUGGGUGUAGCCGUAGCUGGUGUUGCUGAAGGAAUGGCACUUGCUGAUCGAGCUGGUCUACAACAACGCGAUGUCCUAGAGAUCUUUGAGCUUACCACCUUGUCGUGUCCGUUGUUGCUUGAAAAGGGAAAAGCCAUUCUCGAGGGAGCCUUCCCCACCAACCUGCCGCUGCAGCACAUGCAGAAGGACUUGAAAUUGUCGCUGUCUAUGGGAGACCAACUUGAGCAGCCUUUGCCCGUCUCGGCCGCUGCCAACGAAGUCUAUAAACACGCUAAGCGUCUGGGCUACGCCGAUCACGACGUUUCAGCUGUCUAUAUUCGGGCCCGGUUUUAAAAAACAACAAUCGACUACAACAUGCCAGCCCACACAGCACACCAGCGUUUACUGCAUCGCUUCAUGCCUCAUACAAACCUCAUAUUUUUUUUCCACUAAAAAAAAACAAAGCAAAAAAGAAAAAAAAUCGAUCGCGAUGAUUUUUUUUUUAAUUCUCCAUAUUUUUGUUCGUUGAAAAGAAUUAACAAUUGAAGCCAAUUCCAACAAAGGAAUUUUCCAUUUAGAAAAUUUUCCUAACUAAAUCGUCUGUUCUUUGUAGCAGUGGUUUUGCCAAGUGGAACCUGGUUCCUUUCCCGCCCGUCAAAUCCUCGUUUAGAUUAUUAUAUCGCCCGUGCAAACUAAACAACAAAUCUUAAUAGUGUGAGAGAAAGGGACUCGCAGAAUGUCAUCUGUUUUAGUCUGCGUGAAUCUUGGUCUCCCAUUCAUCUUAACUUCCUUUUUUAUAAUGGAAAACGUGAGCAAUGCUAUUUCCGAUUCACCUUGGAAUUCGGUGUUCAACAUAUUUUGCUCGACCUACCCAACACUUUUUUCUUAACGAUGGAAUUGAAAUUGUUUUCUCUGUUACCAUGCCUGGACGUCGUUGACUGUCGCUGAGAACCUUUUUUUCGGUCCGACAAUUGUAGUGACAUAAAUUUAGCUGGUAUUUUUUUUUUUUAUGAAAAAAAAACAUUUCUUCACUUUUGGUUCUUCAUUUUCUCUGUUUGCAUUACGAGUUAUUGGUUUGAUCCUUCUUACUUUGACCUCCUUUUUGUCCUAAUGAAUGAAAAGUGUUGAGCUGUCAUUGACGGUAAUAACCAAAGCUCUUUUUUUGUUUCUUUGAAAUGGCAAAUACACUUUUACUGUAAUACAGAA